AUGUCUAUGGGCAGAACAAUUUUGUCGAGACUCCAUCGUGGAUGUAUGGACUUUGUGCUCCUACUUGUUCUUAUUGUAGCCACUGCCCAAGUGAGGGCGAAAGUCUUCGAAGGACGUGUGGAGGGUCAGAAGAUCGAGACAGAUACAAAAAUCUUCGAAAUCGACAAGAAAAAACUACAGCAGUACUGGCAGUAUGCUACAACAAUGGCGAUGAUCAAGGCUCAUACCCGUUCUUCAUUAAAAUAUCUCCCUCGAAUCGAACAAAUUGUUUUCGAAGAGUGUGUCAGGGAAGCUCAAACGGUGGUUGCUGUAUCAAAGUGUGCAGUCAAAGUUCUAGAUGCUAAAGAAAAUGCAAAGCUCUACACCACAACACCACCACGACUUAAUUUUCACAAUCAACCAAUUUUGAAACAAAUUUAUGUAUCACCAUCUAGAACCUAUGUCGAGAAAGAAUACCUAAUCCCAACAGACAGUCAAAACAUCACUUCUGCCAACCUCUAUUACAGUCCUAUACACCGUCAAUGGGUUCAGAACCCUAUCAGAAGGCAAAUGCAGGCGAGGAGAAGGUUCAAAAGGAGAGAUGAGAUGAUGGAAGCUUAUGAUAUUUUCCUAGAAGAGCAGCGAAACUUGAAAAAAGCUGAGAAUGCGCUCAAAAAAGUUGUGGAGGAGCCAAUAGAGCGGAACAUGUUUGGUCUUCCCCGUCAUAUGGCUAUGCCUAGGUCAAAACGAGAUAUACAGGAACCAGUUCAGAACAAGCUAAAUCUGACUCUACCGCCCAUAGAUCUACCAAAACUGGCCACAAAAUACUUUCAAAGGAUAGUAGGUGGCACCUCUGGACAACACGACCAUCUAGACAGCAUCCGUCGCAUUCGAAACCACUAUCUACGUGUCGAAAAAUGCAAUGGCUACUUCAAAUUAAUGAACGAUGAAAAUAAAAAGUACGUUAUUGAAACAAAAGUGUUCGACCAGCUGAAGCUUCCCAUCAACAGCCGGGCGCCAAAGAUAGAGAAUGAGAACGAUGCUUUUCAGAAAAUUGUGGACAUUAUAAAUCAAUUUUCGAUUGUUUCUUCAAACCAAAGGUACCAGCAAUUGAUGCUCGAAGCAAUUCUAGACUUGAGCGGUGCUGGAACUGCUAUGGAGGAGCUUAUCGCAAAAAUUGGACCAGAAAUGGAUUUCAUGGAGCAAGUACAGUAUCCAAUGGUUCAACAAUUGAGCAGACAGGAUAUCAGAUGGCUCAAGGCACGUCAAUUAUUCACCCAAGAGCAAUCAGAAGAAUACAAAAAAGACGGUUUUGCUCAUCUGACGGAGGACCAAGUGAAAAUGGUGUAUGCUGACGAUCCAUCCAGCUACAUCCCAAUUACCAAUAUGACCCGAGCUGAUAGAGAUGCUCGAAUAGAAACUGCUAUCCGAAAACUAGCUGCUGAAGGAAGACCACAAUGGCCGUUUUGGAAUAGUCCUAAACGAGUGAAAAGAGCAGAUGGGGGAGGUGGCCAUGAUGGACACCCUUCGAUUCCAAAUUAUCCGGAAGGAGAACAUAUUGGUGAUGUGGAAUAUUUAGUUCUCAAGCCUCACGCGUUUGCCAAUCUCAUAAACUUUGGUGUCUCCAUGGAAGCAAUGGUACUCUCUCCCCAUGCAUUCGUGUCGGAAAUCAUGCGGCCUGAAGCUUUGAAGCUUGACGUGCUCUCUCCUCGUGCCUUCAUCGCUACAGUACUCUCUCCAUCCGCGCUUAUUGCCCGAAUCCUCUCUCCAACUGCAUUCCGUGCAGAAGUCCUCUCUCCGAGAGCCUUAACCGCAUGGGUUCUCUCUCCAGAAGCGUUGAUUGCUGAAGUUCUUACACCACGAUUCUUGGAACCUAGAGUUCUAUCUCCAGAAGCUUUGGUUAUCGACGUUCUCAGUCCUGGCAUCCUUGCACCCCACGUUCUCUCAUCAGAAACUAUUGGUGUUAUGAUAUUGAGUCCCAAUAUCCUAUCUCCUAGAAUUGCCAGUGAUGAAAAGUUCCUGGUGGAGGUUUUAUCCCCUCACAUUCUCGGUGGCCCACAUAGUAAAGAAGAAGAACAUAGUAAUAUCGAGAUUGGUUCUGGCUCUCAUGAAGGGCACUCGCACCACGAUGCAGACCACAAGAAUGAGCACAACACCACACCUCAUGCCGACCAUCAUCAAUUACAUCGCUCCAUAUUUCAUCACGGAGCGCCGACGUCUAUAAGAUCACAAUCUCAAAUUCCUCCGAAUCCGUUUUCCUUCAGAUUCAGAAAACGUUGA